AUGUUCCAUCUUGGUCAGUCAAGAAAGAAGCGAAUCAACAAGCCGCAGGCCUUUGCUUGGCGUCGUCGUCUAAGACAACUCCGACUUCUCAAUUUCAGGAACACCAGGGGUCCUUCCUACAGCGGGGACCUCGCCCAGACGGGCGUAUCGUACUGGGUGGUCCGGUGGCGGGGGGCGUGGCUGCGGGCGUUCGACGUGUAA